ACAACAACAACUGGAAAAGAGAGAAACAAAAAUGUUGGCAGCCUCUCCUUCCACUCAUCAACCAAUCUUGAAUCCAAAACCUGAUCAAUACUGCAAUUUCAAGAAUUCCAUAUGGUGGAGGAGGCGAGGUUCAGUCUCGACGCGAUGCUGUGUGAAGAAAGAAGCAGAGAGCAGCAAGAAUCAUUAUGAAUUGCUAGGAGUUCCAGUUGAUGCAAGUGGUGUACAAAUCAAGGAUGCUUACAGAAAACUGCAAAAGAAAUAUCACCCAGAUAUUGCAGGGGAUAAGGGUCAUGAGAGCACAGUCAUGUUGAAUAAAGCGUACGAGGUAUUGGUGAGAGGCGACCUCAGAAAAGAGUACGAUAGGUCGAUUGGCAGAGUUCGUGUCGGGAUUGAGAGGAACGCGCUAGGUAGCGUGUGGAAAGAGCCUCCGAGACCCCAGGCUCUAUUUGUCGAUGAAACUGCUUGUGUAGGUUGCUGGAAGUGUGUGCACUACGCGGGCAACACAUUCACCAUGGAUGAGGCUUCUGGAACCGCGCGCAUCAAGGUUCAAUACGGAGAUCAUGAUGCGCAGAUCGAGAUGUCGAUGGAAUCGUGCCCAGUAAACUGCAUCCACUGGGUCGAUACAGAAGAGCUAGCAGUUCUUGAGCACCUGAUCCGGCCUCAACCGAAGGAAGGGUACGGAAUAUAUGGACAAGGAUGGGAAAGGCCUGCAAAUGUAUUCAUGGCUGCCAAAUCCUUCAACAAAGAGUUAGAGAGGCAAGAACAAAGCAAGCAUAGACAGGGAAGCUCAAGGGACAACGAAGAAACUCAAGCUCAGGCAGAAGCGCGCAAGAAUGCAUACGAGGAACUGAAGAUAGGAAGGUUUGCAAGAAUUUGGAGCUGGAUGAAGCAAAGCACUAGUAAUUUCUGAAUGAAAGUGAAAAGUCUGUAUGUGUAUAUAUAAGAAGCCAGUAAACAUCAGAGCAACCAAGUGAAUGUUGCAAUACAUAGGAAUUUACAUGAAGAAGAUAAAUUGGCUAGCCAAA